UAGCGCGUGAUAACACGGCUGUGAAUUGAGACCAAUAGCGUCCGAUUCAGAAGAAGCCCAAUCCACGAAUGGUCGUCCGAGUGGGUUGCAAAACUUCACUCUUAUGUCGAUUGUUCUUUCCUUUCUGAGUCAUGGCAGAAGAGGGGGCACAACGGGACGAAAGGGGUUGCUGUGGGAAAAAAAACAAACAAAUCAACAAACGGUAUAUACUAGCAGCGCGACUGAACGUUUCAGACAAGUCUUGCAUUUCCGGGAGGCAUUCCAAGCUCAUGAGUUUCCAGGGGGCUCCAUGACUCCCAGGCCACUCAAUUGGCUGUUAUUGGAAACUUGGCGUUUGUGCAUUGCCACCGAAGAGAUUCGCACAAAAUCCACAACAAGCGGUUCGUGACUGAUAUCUCGCAUCAACAACAAAGCUGUUUGGGAAGAAUCCUUCCUUGGAUCGCUUCAACAUACACACACCAAAAAAUACCGAUGAAUACCCCCAAAGAUGUACUUGACGCCCUAUCCUUAGCCGUGGCGCGGCUGGAGAUCUUAGUAAUGCCCAAUGGGGCGACUCCCACGUCAUGGUCGCACGUUAUUUGUGGUCAGGACGACAAGCAGGAAGGAACCCGUCAGACUCAGUUCAGGUCUCUGAAACGUCUUGAGAAGGACGCGAGGAAACUCGAACAGUUGGCUUCAAGGCUCUCGACUGCUGGCGCUACCCUUCGCAGGCGUUGGGCGUCAGCCACAAAUGUCAUCGCUCCAAUCAAUAAGCUUCCUGUCGAAACGCUUCUCCAGAUAUUUGAGCACACAAUUUUCCAGGAUGACGAUCUCGACAGCUCGAAGAGCCCAGACCCGGUCAUUCUGAGCCAUGUGUGCCAAAAAUGGCGAAAUAUCACAUUUACACAUCGCAAACUAUGGACCAGAAUCUGUGCCUCCAUGUCAUCUGUCCAGUUACUUGACCAUUGGGUUGCAAAGGCGGGUCAUAACUCUCUCCGAUUGAAAUUCCAUCUACCAAACUACGCGACUCCGAGGUGUGCUGAAAAUGGAAGCCUUUGGCUUGGACUCGAAGAGUUGCAAGUCCCAGUGUGCUCGGACAAUAUGGGAUUCCCAUCCAUCUUUGAACACCUUUGCCGUGGAAAGGAUGGGAUGCUUCCUUUCCUAAAAUCGCUCAACCUAUUCGGUGAACCCUUCUCCCGAAAUACGGCUGCGUUGGACGAGUACUCGAUCCCUUCGUUGACGGAUCUAUCCAUCUGUGCAGUUCAGAUCAUCUCUUUACCCGUUACGCAUAACCUUCGGCAUCUCAAUAUGUUCCACGUUGUCAUCGAUUCCUUCUUUUUCCGAGGCAUGUUAGCGGAGUGCCCGAGAUUGGAGUCGCUACACAUGUUUUUGGCGUAUAUGGAAGACGACUUUGAGGACGAUGCGUCUGAAACCCCCGUAUCUAUCGAAUUACCUUUUUUCCGGGAACUCAAAAUUAGCAACUGUGACCUCGAUGUCCUCCGGUUCAUUUUCCAAACUAUCAUUGCCCCGGAUCUUUGCGUCCUUUGGAUCAAUUCAGGCCGGUGGGAACAAGCGGUGAAUGAUCCGGAGGGGUUUGUUGUGGACAUGCUUCUGACCGGAAUGUCUCUUGCGGCCUUUAUGGCGAAAGUCCUCCCUACUUCCUUGCGCAUGGUAUAUAUCCGGGGGGCCGCUCAUGAAGUGGAACCCAUCCUUAGAAUGAUCAACCCAUGGGAACGAAACGUCCCUGAUAACGAAACCUUGCCAUUCUCUUCUUUGGAGCAUCUCAAAAUCGAGCUGGAUUGCCGCAGCGACGACUCCGGAUUGUUAAGUUUCAUCCAACUCAUUCGUUCACGUGUGCAGAGCCUUGUAUUUGCUAUGCACAGGGGUUCUCGACGAUUGGAACGCCUGGACAUAUCGGAACGAUUGGUUGAAGGCGACGAAGACCUCAAGACCUCGCUGAGAGGGCACGUUGGACAAUUUUCUUCUCUCAAUUGUCGAUGAUCCGUUUCCUUGCGAAGCUUAGAGUUCUGCAUUAUUAUUAAUGGAUUUUCAUGCAGUAGUGGCCGUUUGUACCAUAUUAGUGGAAGAGGGCGCAUACGUUUGUGGGUGGGAUCCAUCUGCUUACAUGGUGUCUGAAGAGUGUUAGCACCUAGCUAUCCAGUUGCCGAUCCUUUCGCACUCUCGGUGAACUUCAGGAGGGUCGGUGAAUGGAAGAAAACAGAAAUCAUGAUACAUAUCAGGCUCAAUGCUGACAGUCACCCAUUCUGAUGCGUCCCCUUUCCCUGAGGCCUCACGGCCCUUCCGAAGUCUAUCGGCCAGACACAUGUUUUCGUCGUAAAUUUCUCUAGGUAUCUCAAGGGAGCCAGGGGACAUGUAAGGAUUUCGCGAAAUCUCUCCGAGCGGAAUUGCGCGACCUCGGUAUCCUUUAAUACCAUA